AGAGAGAGAGAGAGAGAAGCUGAGGGCUCAGAGAGAAGCCGUGAGAACAGAAGGCGAGCAACAGGGUCGUGGAGAGAAAAGGGAAGAAAGUAGAGAAAAUUUAAAAAAUAAAAGAGCAAGUUGGAAAAACAGUUAGAUGAUCGACUCUGAAAAACUAAACCAGAGAGAGAAAACAAAGUGGUGGUCACGAUGAAGCUGUGGAGUCGCGUCUGCCUCCUCGUUCUCGCAGUCGCUGCGAUGUCCCGAGGACAACGAGCAACUUCUGAUUCACCGCGUGACAAGGAGAGUGAAGGUUCCUCUUCGCCCUCGACUCAGUCCCCGACGUCCGGCUUUUUGAAUCGCACUGAAAUGAACGGAACCCGCUCGACGCCGCCCGACCCAAAGACUCACAUGUCCACCACAGUCAACACGACUUUGGGAGAACCCAGGAAGACGGACGCAGAUGACCGCAGCAGUACGUUCAGGGCCACAGAGGAAGGCGCUGGCAGGACGUCGGCCCCGCCGCCGACCGCCGUUGUCGCCGUGACGGACGGUGCUGCCGUUGGCAGGACCACGGUUCCUAUGGCAACAGCAGCGACCUCACCAAUGCCAGUGACGAUUGAAGACAGGAGCAGUUUGUCAUGGGGUUACGUGAUCCUGGUAUUGAUCAUCUUGGUGAUCAUUGCGCUGUGUGUCAUCCUCUACUUUCUCAGGAGAACCUCCAGGACAUACUCGUUUGACCUUCAUCGUCCAAAUCCAAACGUCAAUCAAUUCAGCGAACCAACCGGCACCUUUGAACCCGUCUACCUGGACGACCUCGAUCAACCGGCCCCCAAGGAUCAAGUGACCAUCAGCGAACAGCCAGUGGCCAACGGCACAAGUCUUCAGUCAGAGGAAAAGGCCGGCAAUGGAGAGAACGCUGCACAGGAGUCGCCGGACGCAAACGGCCCGGAGACGUCGCCCACCGGCGACUCUGGAGCCUCGGGCGGCGACGACCCGGCUGACAAGACGUCCGACCCUUCGAGCUGCACAAACCUGUUCUUCGAUGACACGGGGGAGACGCAGCAGAACGAAAACAACAACAACCCAUCGGUUUGUUCCAGUGAUCCGUUCGUUGACGUCAACCUGGACGAGCCGGCGUGGUGCGACCAGCUCCUCGCCGCUCCUGAAGCGGCCUCCUCCGUCCUCCCCUUCUCUCCGUUCUCCUUCUCCUCCACCUCCUCCACCUCCUCCUCUUAGCACCUUCAGCGAGGAGCCCCGAGAUCAAGGCGGAGGCAGGGGCCGGGUCUCUCAAACACCAGGACGUCCCAUUCUUCCCGUGUCACUUCCCUUCUGCUGCCAGCUAGCUCGAAUUGUUUGGGCCCAAACGGCGCAUCGACCUCGAGCGAGCUGGAGGCGACUCGUCGUGGUGCGUGUGAUGUGUUGUCCAUUUCAAAGUGACAAGUGUACCGAGGUCAUUGGAUUUGAAACGGAGCUUUCUUUCUAAACCAAUAAACAGUCAGCUCAGGUAGCCUGGAUGAACCAUUAGCUAGCUAACAAGUUAGCUGGAUGACUCGGUUCUUUGUCACCUCCAACGGUUUUUGAGGAGAAGUGGCCCCCCGCCCCUCUUGACAGGCCCCCGACCCUGAACUAGAUCCGGGUCCAUUUUCUUUUGUCUCUUUGUGACACUCUUGUUCUGUCGCACGUCCCUUCGGCUGUUUUGUGUCGGGGGUCAUGCAUUUUGCCAGCAAACUCUUUUUAAAAUCUGUCUUCUGUAACUCUGUGGUGUGACUCUGCAAUUUCAGUGUUUCACAAAUAAAACAUUUAACAUUU